AUGUUCUUUGGUAAGGGAACAGAUACCCGGGCUGAGCUGUUCCAGAACCAGAGAAAGAGAGAACCAGGAAGUCUGUUGAGAAAAAGACACACCACCACCUGCCCCCAGGUCUGCGACCAGUCUCAGUGUCCCGUCCCUCCACACACCUGCUGCCACUACCGGGUGAAGGACGCCUGCGGCUGCUGCGUGCGGUGCGGGGCCUGGGAAGGGGAGGUAUGCGGGGAGAGCAGCGACGUAUUUCUGUCCUGUGGGGACGGACUGAGGUGCGACCGGGUGCCGGGACGCUCCGGCAGGGUCCGCCGCUCCUGUGUGUGCAUCUCUGUGGGAGAGGUGUGCGGCAGCGACGGAAGCUACCCCAGCAUAUGUCGCCUGGGGGCCAAGAACCGGAGAGCCAACCUCAGAGAUGGUCCCCUGGUCCUUCUGAUCCACAGGGGCCCGUGUGACUCUGGAAUGCGUCAUCCAGGAAGUAUGCGCUACAAAUUCAACUUCAUUCCAGAUGUGGUGGAAAAGAUCGCACCAGCUGUUGCACAUCUGGAGCUCUUCCAAAGGGGCCCAUUUCCCGACAGGGAGGUGAUCAUGUCCAGCGGCUCGGGGUUUGUAGUCUCUGAAGAUGGCUGGAUUCUGACUAACGCCCACGUACUGAAGAACAAGCAGCGGGUGAAGGUUGAGCUGAAAAACGGUGUGGAUUACGAAGCCGCAAUCAAGGAUGUGGAUGAGCAGAUGGAUGUCGCCUCAUCAAAAUUGAGGCAGUACUCCUACGUCCCAGUGACCACAGCUCGCCCGUCUCCCUCUAGGGUCCGCUGGCCGUGCUGCCUCUGGGCCGGUGAGUUCAUGGUGGCGGUGGGAAGCCCCUUCCCACUGCAGAACACCGUCACCAUCGGCAUCAGCAGCAGCGCUCACCGCAAAGGCCUGGAGCUGGACUUCAAGGACUCUGACCUGGACUAUAUUCAUACUGACGCCAUCAUAAAUUACGGCAACUCUGGUGGACCACUUAUCAAUUUGGAAGGGCACGAUGUAAUAGGCAUCAAUAACCUAAAGGUGACAGCCGGGAUCUCGUUUGCCAUCCCUUCAGACAGAAUACGUCAGUUUCUUGCUGACUUCCACAACAGGCAGCUAAACGGUGACCCAGAGCACAGAAAGAAAUUCUUAGGUGUCCGUAUGAUGCAGCUCACACCAUCUUUGACUGAGGAAAUCAGAGAACAUGUGGACAGAUUCCCAGACGUGAGUUCAGGGGUUUACAUUCAUGAAGUUAUUCCUGGAACAGCUGCAUCCAGUGCUGGGAUGAUGGAUCAUGAUGUCAUCAUCAGCAUCGAUGGGAGGCCGAUCUACACCAAGCAGGAAGUCAGUGAGGCCGUCUAGAGUGGCACUGCGCUCCCUGUGGUGGUGAGAAGGAACGACGGGGACUUUCUGCUGACUGUCGUUCCUGAGGAGAAGGACUGAUCCACACACUGCAGGUCACUGGAUUUCAAUCCAAGGAACUUUAAUAUAAUUUAUUUGGUAGGGACAAUGCACAUUAAUUGACAUUUCUGUGAAUGUGCCACAGGCCAAGAGGCUAAUUCUGGCUCAUCUCCCAGAAUAGAAAAUCCUUUCCUUUUCUAGGACUCAGGUUUGUCAACAUUAGCAUUUACAUAACAUUUACACCUUGGAUGCAGCAGCUUGUAAGCAAAUAAGCAAUUAUCCCUGGGGGAUCAAUGAAGUAUACUCUAUUCUAUUCUAAUUGAACUGUUUCUAAUUAAAAAAAAAAAAAAAACAGGAUAAACAAAAAGAAAAAAUGUGUUAAAGAUACUGUAGGUUUAAAAUAGGUUGGAAGUUGCAGUUUCCCUGGUGCCACACGUAUUUCUAUCACUGUUGUCUCCAUAUUAUUUUUAAUUUCAUGCAAAGAUAUGAGAAUUGACAGCUGUGUUGCAAAUUGUGGAAACAUCUUCAUCAGAGUUGUAAUAUGUAACCACAUCUCUCAGAGUCUUUAAAUAGCUGCAAAGUAAGUUUAUUUAUUUAUUUUUUUUCCACAAACCAAGUAGUGAAAACCAGCUUCCUUCUCUAAACUGGAUUUAACACACAAAAGAAAUGUUUCCAAUGAGGGCUCAUAAACUAAAAAUAUUUAAAGGUUUUAAUUCUGAUAGGAUAUUUAGUAUUAUGAUUGUUCAAUCUACUGCUUCAGAUUGAAAGGGGAAAUAAUUCAAACUCAAUAUUUGUUAUAAUUGAGUUUGUUACAUUGUAUAUUAGAAAAAAUAAUCAUGCAGUAGACUGAUAUGUUUUAAGCAUUUUGGUUUUCAGUUACUGGAAUCACAUUUAUACUAUAUUACCAAAUCAUUUGUUCAUCCUUCUGAAUCAUUAAAUUGGAGAUUUCCAGUCACUUCCAUGGCAACAGGUGUAUAUUAUACCCACCUGUGC